CUACUCUCGAGCCUGGUUAAGAAUUAGAGAUCGAACUUGCUCGUUAAGAGAGAAGAAGAAGAAGAAGAAGGGAAAAAAGAGAAGAUGACGGUAUUUCAUUUCUUCAAUUGUGCAGUACUUACAUUUGGUCCUCACGCUGUUUACUACUCAGCAACACCAUUAUCGGAAUAUGAUACACUUGGUACUUCUGUCAAAGCUGCUGUUGUUUAUCUCGGUACUGCUUUAAUAAAGCUUGUUUGUCUCGCGACGUUUCUAAAAGUACCUGAAAAUGAUAUGUUCGACCCAUAUCAGGAACUAUUGAAAGCUUUAAUCGGGUUGGUAGAUUUCGCUGGGAUAUAUUUUGCAUUGACGCAGUUGACUCAUAGAAAUAUCUCUCAGCACCAUAAGUUCCAAGCUGUUGGACUUGGAUGGGCUUUUGCUGAUUCUGUCCUACACAGACUCGCACCUCUUUGGGUUGGUGCUAGAGGAUUGGAGUUCACGUGGGAAUACGUUCUGCAAGGUCUUGAAUCAAAUGCAAAUUUGGUGUUGACUGUAUCACUUGCUGCAAUGGGAUCUUUGAUUUGGCUCAGAAAGAAUAAGCCAAGGACUCUUAUUCCCAUCAUUUACUUGUGUGCAUUUAUCCUUGCAACAAUGCCAACUACCAUAAGUUAUCUAAAGCGGGGUCUGGGGUGGCAACUACCAAACGUGGUUAGCUUUGAACUAUUCACAUCGUUGGUGAUGGCUUUUAUCAGUUGGCAACUCUUUUCCGCCUGUCAGAGACCUUCAGUCUGAGAGGUUAAGAUUGCUGUGGUAAUUUUUGUUUGUUGAAAGCUGUUGAAAUGGUCAACUAUUUCUUGAAAAAGAUCUCUUCCACUUCAGUCUUGCUACAAAAGCUGAUACUCUGCGUGAUUAAUCUUGACAAAUAUUUGUAGAGUUAAAGAAUUCUGGGUUAAGUCUGUCAGCGACAAGAUCAAAUGUUGUCAAAUUUGGAUAUGUAGUUUCUGCUUCUUUUAGAUUUUAUGGAAGAGAUUAAAGUAGGAUUAAUGAAAGUUAUUGAUAAUUUUUUAACUUGCCUAGAAUUUCGAUGCGGCAAUAUGUGUAGGGUGUUAGUCGAUUUUUUCGACAAUGUAACUGAAUGUUGUCUGGUUAACACUUAAAUGAAUUUAGUGCUCAAUUUCCAGUGCUUCUACA